CGUCCCCUUUUUUUUUCCACACUUUCACAAUAGUCGUUGUUCCUCACUGGGACCCACAUUUUUCACACACUCACGCACUAGCUAACCGAAUUUCCCUUCCCUCUCUUCCACCUUCUGGAGACAUCUAGAGUAGAGUACAUCUGACACGUCACAUUCCCGAAACCCCCAAAUAAUCCCCCGCCCUUUUUAAUCUUCCCUCUCCAUCCACCAGAAAUUUCCACUCCAACAGUUUCUUAAUUCCAAUCUUUCAUCCUUCGUCUGAUCGAUUUUCAGUUCUUCCUUGUAGAUUUUGAGCUUUUCUUUCGAAUUGUCGCAAUUCUUUCUCUGUUGAAAUUGUUUAGAGAAUGCGUAAUCUAGGCUAUGGUGUUGGUGGUGAUGAUAGUUCGACGACGAAGUUGAAGAGGAAGGAUUUCGAUCUCGAUGACGUUAGCUACGAUCUGACGGACUUCUCUGCUUCUCCGGCUCGGAAAAUUCGCCGACUGGAUGCGGAACUAGCUCCUAUAAUAGAGGAAGAAUCAGAAAUUCCUGCAGUGUUUCAGCUAUCACAACCUGAAGCUAAUGUAUGUGGUAAUGAUAGAAGAGGGGUGGUGAUCGAGGAAUUGCCAGAUCAAUUUGAGAAUGAGGAGAGAGCAAUUGUGCUCUUUAAUCCCUCAAACACGCCCCUGUUGCAUUCCCCCACAAAUUUCUCAGUUUUGGUCAACCCCAACUUCAUUCCGAAAUUCAAGGGCAUAGUGUGGCCAAAUCAGUCGAAUCAAUGGGCUGCCUCAAGUAAUGAAGAAAUGGAACAGGAGAUAAACUCUGGUCAGGCAAAUGAAUGUUUAGCUGUUGUACCCUGGGUGCCUUCUCAGCUGCCAUCAGCUGAAGCAAGUGCAAAUGCUCCUUUGAUGGAUUCUUCUGAUGAUAUGAUGGAAGCUGAAGAAACUGAUGUAGCAACAAUGGAAGUUGAAGAUGAUAAUGUCGAACUCCACCAGCCAAUUGGGAUGAAUGUGAACAACGGUUUACACCAGUGGCAGCAGCAGCAUUGCUUGAUUCCACAGCCGCCCCAGAACACCUCCACACCGAUUGUGUGGUUUCGAUGAUUAAGUAAAGAUUAGAUGGUGGCCUUUGUAAUUAGUGGCAGCUGUACUUUUGUAGACAACUUCUGCCUUCCCGGCUGCCUUGUUAACUGAUUAGUGGUUGCUAGUCCUCGUGCGCUUCCUGCCUCAAUAUCGAAAAGAAAUUUUGAUCGGUUGCUUGCUGUAGGCAGUGGCUUUGUUGCAGGAAUCCUCUGCUUGGGAAAAUAUAUGCACGCAGGGGCUCCGGAGAGUAGUUCAAAAAUUACAGUGUAUGACUUCUAUUAGGCAUAUCUUCUAUCAUUUUAAUGUUUUUUUUUUCUCACUGUUAAACUCGGUGCGUGCGUUGGUGCUCCUUUUACAUUUUCCACUCUCGUCAACACUUGAAAAUAUCUUGGUCUGUUCAAGAGAACACAAAUGAGUAUAAAAGGCGUGGUUCACAACCUCAAAUGUAUGAGGAAUGG